GACCCGGACACGCUUAGAAUUGUAGGGGAAAAGAAGGCCCAAGAACGUCGUUUCCUUUCCCACUUCUAAUUGAUCCGGUGCGUGUUCUUUUACGUGGGUAACAGCAGGCAGGAAGCAGCCUCUCCCCCAUCGCAUCGUGUCCUUCUCUGUCAGGUCGUAGAUAGAGAGAGCAUCAUGAUGCUGUUGAAGAGGCAGUAGAGCUGUGGCACAAAGGGUGAAGGAAAUGACUUCGAUCUUUCUGGGGUCUAAAGCAGACGUAUUCUAUCUCGAAGGCCAAACAUGGAUAUGUAAGAGUGAACUGACAAGUGAUGUCAUAAUUGAGGUAGAAGAUAUGUCCUUUCAGCUCCACAAGUUCCCAUUGAUUACUAGGAGUGGGAUACUGCAAAAAAUGAUUAGUGAAUUCCACAACAAUGAUGGAAAGGAUUGCAUUCUUGAGCUUCAUGACAUCCCUGGCGGUGCCAAGGCUUUUGAGCUGGUUGCAAAGUUCUGUUAUGAUGUGAAGAUAGAGCUGAAUGCUCUGAAUGUGGUUGCUAUCCGUUGUGCUUCUGAGUACCUCCAGAUGACCGAAGAUCAUGGAGAAGGAAAUCUUAUCAUGCAAACUGAAAAUUUUCUCGAAGAAGUUCUGGGAGACUGGAAUGACUCGAUGAAGGCUCUUCAAACAUGCAAGGACAUUCUUCCUUAUGCAGAAGAGCUCCAUAUUGUUACAAGAUGUAUCAAUUCACUGGCAGCCAAAGCAUCUGUUGAUCCAACCCUGUUUGGUUGGCCCAUGAUUGGACAAGCCAACACAAAGAACCUUGGAGGCACCAUUCUGUGGAAUGGAAUUGGUCCAGGUGGAAAGUCUAGAUCCCCAGGUGCUGAUUGGUGGUAUAAAGAUGUUGCUUUCCUUGACCUGCCGACCUAUAGAAGGCUAAUACUGGCUAUGAAGUCAAACGGCAUGAAGCCAGACAACAUUGCUGGAUCUCUGAUGCACUAUGCAAAGAUGAGUCUGCCAGGGUUGAGUAGGCAGUCAGGCUUCCAAGACAGUGCUGAUUGCUUUACCUGUACCAACUCCACUGCAAUCCAAUCAGAAAGUGAUCAGAGGGUUCUACUUGAAGAGAUAGUAGAACUUCUGCCCAUGGAAAGGGGUGUCGCUUCAUCAAAGUUUCUGCUCGGUUUGCUCCAAAUGGCCAUGAUCAUACAUGCCAGUCCUUCCUGCAGGGAAAAUUUAGAAAGGAGGGUGGCAGAGCAACUAGAGGAUGCUGAACUGGAGGAUAUCCUAAUACCAAAUUUGGGCUACUCAAUUGAAACUCUAUAUGACAUAGACUGCAUGCAACGAAUCCUUGAUCGCUUUGUUUCUUUUAAUCAACCAGAAGAUAUAACAUCACCUGGCAUUGUGGAUGAGGGGGAGUUGAUGGCUAACGCUGUUGCACUGACACCAGUGACCAUGGUAGCAAAACUCAUGGAUGGGUACCUUGCAGAAGUAGCUUCUGAUGUUAACUUGAAGCUCCCUAAGUUCCAGUCUUUGGCAGCACUCAUCCCUGACUAUGCCAGACAAUCAACUGAUGGAAUCUAUCAUGCUAUUGAUAUAUAUUUGAAGUCUCACCCAUGGCUCACAGACUCCGAGCGGGAGCAGCUUUGUCGGCUUAUGAACUGCCAGAAGCUCUCACUGGAGGCUUGCACACACGCUGCACAGAACGAGAGGCUACCACUUCGAGUAAUCGUUCAGGUGCUCUUCUUCGAGCAACUUCGUCUGAGAACCACCAUCACCGGCUGGUUUUUUUCCUCUGACAAUGUGGAAAACUCUCAUGCUCGCAUGCUACCUAAGAGCAGUAGUGGGCUUAACCAAGCGGAGAUCACUCAAGAAGAUGUACAGAGUCUGAGCUUCGAAGAGAUGAGAUCCAGGGUUUCUGAUCUCGAGAAGGAAUGCUCAAGCAUAAGAGAAGAGAUUCAGAAGCUAGAGAGGUCAAAGAGUGCAUGGAGCAUCUUCUCCAGAAAGCUUGGAUUUGGGAUGAGAACAAAACGGUUCUUUAGCUCAAAACUGGCAUCUACUGACAGAUAGAUAGAUAGAUAGAUAGAUAGAUUAGAUAGAUUGCCGGUGCAGAAAUGCUUCACUGUUCGAAUUUUUUUUUUCACUUAAAUUGUACACUUUUUUUUUUUUUUUCAAUUCUUCGAUGGUUAAAUUGUUAAUAACCAAAACCACAUAUUCUAUAUAAUCAUGAAUAGGAAACGAUUGUUACCGCUACAAUUGACAUUUAUGAACUUCUAAGUAUGAAGCUGAUAUUCUUAAAUGUCAAGGCCAUGAUUAUAUU